UUAUAAAAUUUCUCAGCACACACAAGCUGGGAAAAGAGGUCGAACGAAAAGCAGAUUCCGGCCGUUUCGUCUCGAAAACUCCACAGAAAGAAGAGGGUUCUUAAGAAUAAAGCUUGCCAUUAGCUUCGACGAGAAGGAUCUCAGAGUUCAAUUCUUCAAACACAUUGCUGAUCUUUCUGGAAAAACCAAUUUGACUCCUUGGUUUCACUGUUAUAAGUGGAGGGAAACAUGCUGGGAACAGUUUAGCAAUUCAGUGCCAGUAUAUCAUGUUGAUGAUGCAUUUCAGAAAGGGUUUGUUAAACAUACAAGUGGUACUCAGCAGCAAUUUGAGUCCACACAUUCUCCACUAGCUGCUGCUCUGAGGGAUGUAAUUAAUUCAGCAUCAAUGAUCACUCGAACCUUAAGUGGAGAAUUAGCUGAAGGCCUAUGUAAACUGAUGGCGUUUGCAGCUGCAGGUGCUAGCUCAAAAGGACCGAAUUCCUUGACAACACAGUUGAGCAAUGGUCCACUUUCUAGUGUACAUGAAAUGGCAGAAUCACCGGUUGAUCCUAUUAAGGAAUUAUCAAGGUUGAUCGCUGAGCGCAAAUUUGAGGAAGCAUUUACAGGAGCCCUCCACAGAAGUGAUGUUUCCAUAGUUUCUUGGUUGUGUUCUCAGGUUGAUUUACCAGGAAUCAUGUCACUGGUGCCACUGCCAUUAAGCCAAGGAGUUGUACUGGCUCUUCUCCAACAAUUGGCAUGCGACAUAAACAAUGACAUGUCGAGAAAGUUGGCAUGGAUGACAGAUGUGGCUGUGGCCAUAAAUCCAACGGAUCCCUUGAUUGCAUUGCAUGUCCGGCCAAUCUUUGAAAAAGUUUACCAAACACUUGAAUAUCAUCGCAAUCAAUCUACCACUUCAGCUUCAGAUAUCAACAACAUUCGCCUUCUUAUGCACUUAAUCAACUCUGUGUUAAUGAGCUGUAAAUGACUGUUUAGACUCGUCUAGUAUUUGUUAGUGCAACUUUGUUGUAUAGCAAGAAAUCUAGGAAGCUCGCUUGGGACAUCUUUGUACUUUUAUGAUUUGUGUUGUAUAAAAAUAGUUUGUAACAAAAUCCGUCAUCCAUUUCAAAUUCAUAGCUACAUCUAGAAGGGAAAAUGUUAGUAGCUAUAAUAAUUUUUUCCUCUUACAAGGAUUUUUGUACUAUUGGUUGUUCG